UUCAAAUAUUUCAUUCAGUUGGAUUGGCUAAUGAACGCCGUUUUGUGGAAUUUUUGUAAUUUUGUGUGAACAAAGUUUUUGAAUCUUGGACUUUCCAGUUUUUGUAUUCUUGUGCAUUAUAUUAAUGUUCUUCAAAUGCUCUCUACUGUGUAUGCGAUGAUAUUCGGUGUGCUAUCAGUUAUGGCAUCAUUAGUGGUCCCGAGAUCGCAAGCGCUGACUGGGUUUCGACUUCGAUGACCAUAAUCAACAGCAGGCAUCAUGAUCGCCAACUUACCGCUAUUGUUUGCAAAUGGAAACCCGACGGCUCUGACGAAGAUAACGGCUUCAGAAUUAGAGAAAUUUAUUACCUUCAUGGUGACAUGUUCAUGGGGUCAUGAUACCGCGAAAGAUAUACGACAGCCUCCUUGGUGGCCGGACGAUGUGGCGUUCUCGCACCCGUUCAAGAGGCCGCCGCUGGUGCCGAGAGAAUGGGAGAACAAGCUGAAAAGGUUAGUCAGAAGAUGCUAUGACUAUCAUAAAAGCGCCUUUUUAUUGGUGUUUUCAGCACAGCUCGCGCGGUAUCCUCAUAACAGGCUCCGUUAUGUAGACAACCUCGAUCAUACAACGUCUCUGUACUGUAAACCAAGUGGUAAACUGUUGGUGACUUUUCGAAAUGAGAACUUACACUAUGACCGUAAUGGAGAAGCCAAUACAACAGUGAUACCAUCGGAGCCACAACUCAAAUCUGCAGACAUAUACCUUUGUGACAAUUGUGACAGCCACUUUGAUAAUCCUGAUAUCCUCAAAGCUCAUGAAAGACUGUGUAACAAUGUAAUUAAUGUACCAUCUACAUCCAUAAGUGGUGGUCUGCCAGAGUUUUUGUCUGCGUUGAAACUAAAACCCAUUGAAGAUGUAGAUAAAAAAGAAACUUCUACAGAAAAUGAUAUGAAAUCUAGACAUGUAAGAAGUGCUGCUAACAUUGACCGUGGGCCUCCAUACCCUUUUUCAUCUUUAGCAUACAUACGCAAUGCUAAAUCAAUAUGUCCCCGGGACACCAGCUAUUCAAGAGAACGGGUUGAAAGAUACUGUUGUGACACACCUACAACAUAUAGUAAAAAUUUAGGUAGUAAAAGAAAUUCUCAAUUUCCUGUUCGGUAUAGAAGACCUAUCGAUUACUGGACAAGGAAACAUGUAUUCCCAGACCAGAGGAAGAAAGAUAUACUCAAUCUGGAUGGUCAACUGCUGAUGCUGAAAUGCAGACCGAUCUCUGUAAAUAUAGAAAAUAUGGCUCUAGAGAGUAUGCAAGACUAUAUAGAUAAAUUGAAAGAAGAAGCUAAACUUAAAGCUGAAGAAGAUAAGGAUGUAGAGUGUUUAAGUGAUGAUGAUAGUGAAAAGACCACAAAUCCCUUGAACACGGUCAAUGAGUGUGAAGUGAUUGAUCUAUGUUCAGAUGAUGAGACUGCUAGUGCUAAUGAGAACUGUGACCCGCGCGCGGGCGUGACGUGCGUGAUGCGCGGGGGCGCGGUGCUGCGCCGCACGGCCGCCACGCCGCAAGCCAUCCCGGCCGAGCCCUGCGGCGCGCGCCAGAAACCACUGCCACCGGCCAUCCUCCAACCCCAACCGGUCAUACUUUUCACACAUUCUUUGAGCAACAUGCAAACAAUAUCCAUUGACUAAAUUAUGUAAAAUACUGUAAUUGUAGUUCACUAUUGCUAAUUAUUUAUUAUUAUGAUCAUCAUCAUUAAAUUUUAAUGUUUAAUA